UCAUUUUCUACCCGGUAAAACCGGGACCACGUUAUACCUUGCUGUUUGAGAAGACAGCUUUUGUUUCUCAGUUGGGCCUUUCACUUGCAAUAUAUCCAAGUUUGGGUUCAUAAAUUGAAGUAUUAUUGGUGAUUCUGUGGAUGAAUUUCGAUAUUGACGUUAUUUUAAAAAAAAAAUGUCCAAUCUGCAGCAGUUGAAUGCGUUUCUAACCGAGCGAUUUAAUACGGUGGCGGUUGAGAUAUGCGGUGAAGUGGAGAAAACGCUAACAGUGUACCAGGAAGAAAUCUCCCGUUCAAAGGAGGAAAUCGAUCGUCUACGAAGACUGCUUCAUAUCGUUACCCAACCGAAGAUUAAAUUACAUAGAACAGAUGCCCAGCAGCUCAUUAUCCCUGAAGAGGAAGUUCACCCUGGGCAUCAGCACAACAAACAGGAGUGGAGCCUCAGCCUGGGGCAGGAUCCGGAACCCACACAGAUUAAAGAGGAAACCGAGGAGCUCAUGACUAGUCAGGAAGAGAAGUGUAAGGGUCUUGAGUCUGAUAAUAGCAUUCUAAAGUUUUCAGACUCCUUUGUGAAAAGUGACUUCAGUCAGAUCAAUCCACAUACAUGCUCUCAACUUUUCCACACACAAACAUUGAAGAACAGAGAGCAGGAUUUGUUGUCUGCUAGCACAACUGAAGAGAUCAAAACAGAACCUGAUGAGGAUUGUUACAGGCUAGCAACACAAACUAGUGACUCUCAAUCCCUCUCUGUAGAAGCUCCUUACAGCUCUGUGAGUGCAUUUAAUAAAUGUCAGCUGAUUGACAUGGCAGACAAACCUUAUCAGUGCAACGUAUGUGGCAAAUUUCUCAAACGGGAGCGAAGUCUUAUUGUUCAUAGAAUGGGUCACGCAGGAGAGAAACCCUUUACCUGUCCUAUAUGUAACAAAGGCUUUGUUGCAUUAGGAACUCUAAAGACACACCUGAAACUUCACACAGGUGAAAGACCACACCGGUGCUUUGUUUGUGGAAGGUGCUUCAAACUGAAAGGAGCCCUGACGGAGCACAUGAGGAUACACACUGGUGAGAAACCCUUUCGCUGCCAAGAUUGUGGUAAAUGCUUCAGUCGGACAAAUGCCCUUACAAAUCACAUGCUGCAGAUUCAUAAGAAAAAAAGAACAUAGGUGGGGAGAACCUAAGGAGAAAAUGAGUCAGUCUGAAAACAGAAGUAGCCUUUCUACAUAACUAUUGUAAACUAUAAGGAAUAAACUUUCGACCAAUUUCUA